AUGGGCAUAUAUACUCUGUCGCCGAUAGUGAAAUGUGGACUAUACGCAUUCUUUACCAUCAUAAAUAUCCCGAUACUUCAAGGAGAAGAACAAUCGCAGUGCCCGAGUCUAACGGAGAAUCCAAUUUGUCCCUGUUAUAAUUUUAAAGAAGGUUUAUUUCUAGAGUGCCCCAGUGCCACCCCAAAUGUCGUCAAAAACGUAUUAGCAAAGAUAAAGGGAUCCAUUCAGUCUUUAUCGAUUUAUGACCUGGAAAGUUCCAUAACUGAGUUGAAGUCGGAUCUAUUUCCGCCGAAAGUGAAAAUAAUUAAUUUACAAAUAUCCCAAUCGAAUAUUGACACAGUAAAUCAGAACGCCUUUACAUCCCUCCGUGACUCGUUGGCUUCUUUAAGUAUAAUUUCCGGUAAAUUAAAACGUAUACCUCAAGAAUCCUUUUCCCAAUUACACAACAUCGAAACACUCGACUUGCAACUCAACGAAAUAAAUGAAAUACACGCGAACACUUUUCAAAACCUCAAAUUGAAUAAAAUCAAUUUGAAGGGUAACAAAAUAGAAAAUAUUUCAGAAAAUGCAUUUCAUUACUUAGAGGAAACACUGACGGAGCUAGAUAUCACGGAAAAUUUUCUCUACAUUUUUCCUUUGAAACCCUUAGAAAAUCUGAGAAAAUUGAGUAGUUUGCGUCUAGCUUGGAAUAAAAUAGAAUCGAUACCAAAUAAUUUAAAUGUAACGAUAGAAAGAUUAUAUUCCUUAGAUUUAAGCUCAAAUGUUCUCACGAGAAUUGAAAAGAAUUGGUUAAACUGUGUUCCAAAUAUUAAAACGCUUACAGUUUUUAGUAAUCAAAUCAAACAUAUUGAUGACGAAGCUUUCUAUUCAUUACGAAAUUUAGAAACUAUAGAUUUAAGUAGAAAUAAGCUUAACAAUCGUAUAAAUCAUAUAGGAAAGGAAACUUUUGAUAACCUGAUAAAGAUGAAGAUUCUAGAUUUAUCUUACAAUGAGAUAAUUAGCUUAGAUUUCGAGAUGUCAUCGUUACCAGUAAAACAGAUUCGACUGAACCACAAUUCAAUAACAAUUAUACAGUCGGAUUCACUCAAAGCACUGCCAAACUUAAGUGAUUUAGAUAUGAAUAGCAAUUUUUUAACGUGGGAAGAUGUUACACAAAUACAAAUACCCGGCUUAAAGUCUCUCGUGUUAUCUAACAACAACUUCACUUUGCUCGAAGUUACGACAUUUUCACACUUGCCAUCCCUCCAAUCGUUGUCGCUCGAAAUGUCAAAUAUAACAUACUUGCCUCCACCAAUAUUUAUUAAAAAUCAAAACCUACUAAGAGUUAAUUUGGCUUCUAACUAUUUAAAAGACCUACACAAAGACAUCUUUGCGUAUACGACAAUUUUGCAAGAAUUGAAUUUAAAGAGCAAUAGUUUUGCCGAUUUUCCACAUGUCGCGUUAUUUAAUGUAACAUCAUUGGAACAUCUAAAUCUAUGCGAUAAUCAACUGCGUAGCGUUGAUUUUUUCAAAUUCACCGGUCUACAAAACUUACGAACUCUUCAUCUCUGCAACAACCGAAUAUCGAUUUUAAACGGAUUCAAUUCGCCUUCUUUAAAAAACUUAGUAACGUUAAAUUUAAAUAACAACAUGCUAACAGUUCUUCCACCGAAUUUUUUCCAACAUUCAUUAGGCUUAAAGGAAAUUGAUUUGUCUCAUAAUUUCUUUAAACAUAUUCCUAGUAAUGGCUUAUCGGAGACCGUACUUCCGGCUUUGACUACGUUGAAUAUGUCGUCAAAUUCACUAGUGCAAUUACUGCAGACAUAUCCAAUUAAACAAUUUCCAAUGCUCGAACAGCUAAUAAUUACAAAUACAAACUUGACUAUCAUUACAAGUAAGGAUUUCGAAAACUUUCCAUCUUUGAAAAAACUAAUACUCAAAACAAAUUGCCUCGUUCGUCUUUCACCCGGAGCAUUUUCAAAACUUCAUAACUUAGCCUCGCUGGACAUGAGCGAAAAUAAACUGGAAAACAUUCCACGAGAAAGACUUCAAGGACUAUAUUCCGCAACCGUAUUAAAUAUAUCGCAGAAUACUAUAAGAGAACUUGAAGAGUUCACUGCGGAUCUUCAGAAUUUACAGAGAUUGGACCUCUCUUUCAAUCACAUUACAAGAAUAAAUAAAGGCAUAUUUCAGAAUCUCCACAGUCUCACUGAAUUGAAUUUGAGUGGGAAUUGGCUUUCGUUCAUAGCGACGGACACUUUCAAAGCAUUGAAUAAAAUCAUACAUAUAGACCUCAGUAAGAACUAUUUUGAGGUUAUCCAAAUAAAAAUGCUCGUUUCAUUGGAGACUCAAGUCAAAACAAUCGCUUACGAUGAAAACCCUUUAACCUGUAAUUGUGAAUCUCAAGAGACCUGGAAGUGGAUGCAGAACCACUACAAAAUCGUACUGAAAGGCAGCAGCAACUUAAGAUGCGAACACCCAGAAGAGCUGCAUGGUUACAGUUUUUUGGAGCUCACGUCGCAGAAACUGUGUGACGUUCCCGUCGUAAUUCGUAUCGCAAUACAAGACAUUCAGACCUAUUCUGUAAUAGUGUCUUGGCAGAGCCGCAAUCAGAGCGGCUUAAGUGGAUACCAAGUAGCUUACUACAAGGAACAGAUGCCAGCUUUAAUUCGUGGUAAAAUAUUGAACGCAACAGCGCGAAUGACGAGGUUGAGCCAUCUGACUCCGGGGGCCAAGUACAAGAUCUGCGUCAUAGCUAUGGGCAACUUUGGAGUGUCGGGCGGUUCCUCGGUGCCCGACGCACGCAUCGCCCCGUCAUCAGAAAACAUAAGUGCCCAAUUGUACGGCGACGAGCUGCUCUUUAAUCACCUGAGGGGCUAUAUGAACGACUCUCAGACCGGCAAAUGCACGACGGUGACAACAAUAGAAAUCUUCGGCACGUCCUUAGACAGCCCCUUUUCGAACACGUACAUGGGAAUCGCUGACAUACUGACCAGGCGGUUGAGUCUCGUCGUCGGCUGUUGUAUCGGUUUCAUCGUUUUUAUCGUGCUCGUGUCGGCUUUUGGGUACGUGAAGACGAAGAAGCGGCCGGUCAUAGCGAAGGCCGAACAACCGACUCCGCAGUACAUUUCCUAUGACAAUUUUCCCGUUCCCAAUAUCGAAUCUCAAGCGAUGGAAAUCGAUAUAAACACCAUAACGGACUCAACGAAACCCCAAUUUAAGUCAUGUGAUUAA